AUUCGUUGAAGCUAACCGUUUAUAUCAAUGACGUAAAUGAUAAACUUGGUAUUUACACACUUAAACAUACACAAAUGGAGAAAUAUACUCCUGCAAAUUUUUUUUAAUCGUUUGCAAGCGUCAAAGAGUUGAUACGUACUUCUUUUCUCGAUAUUUAUUUUCUUUAUUCACUUGGGUAACGUUCAACAAGUGAUCAGUUUUGAACAAUACUACAAUAAAAAUUUUUUUCUAUUAAUAAAAAAUAAUCAGAGAUUUUUUCUUAGAUAUUAUUAAUUAUCUUCUUUAUUUGUGAUAUUAAAUAAGUUAUAUUUUUAUAUUUUAAAACAUUAAAUCUAUUUGAUAAUGAAUCAGGAUAAUAGUGACAUGAGUGUUUUUAUUUCUUCUCGAGAAAACAAUUGUGUUAAGGGUUCUCUAUUACCAAUAAGCUCUUCAAGUUUGAUUCAUGACAGUGAAGACCAUUACUUAUUAGACAUGGACAAAAUUCGUAAGGAUAACGAUAACUACAGUAGGAAGCACAAAAAGAAAAAGAAGUUUCCUUUAGGUGAUGACAAUGAUAUUUAUUAUGAAAAUAGUAAUUGGUCGAAUAAAUUGAUUAUUAAUUGGAAUCAAGAAGAUACUAUUAAUUGGUUAAUGUAUGCGGCAUUAUAUUUAGGCCAAAGUUAUUCUUCUAUACAACAUUCUCUUGCCAUUCCUGGAAAAGACCUAAUUUUAUUAUCAAAACAGGAUUUUCUUAUUCAUGAUCCUGAUUAUGGUGAUAAGCUUUAUGACUUAUUACACUCUCAACGAACUGAUAAUUAUUUGCCACAUUUUGCAUCAAUCCAUAAUAUGCCUAACAGAGAUGAUGAAAAGAAUUUCAAUGCAUUUUUAUCUGAUGCCGAGUCUGAUAACAGUGUUGAUGUGAGUCGCAAAAGUUACUCUGAAAAGUGCAAAAUACAAAAAUGUAGAAAAACUCAACCAACACAAGGAAAGUUGUGGGAAUUUAUCAGAGAUUUAUUAAGAAACCGUGAAACAUGCCCCAGUUUGAUAUGCUGGGAAGAUUACUCACAAGCUAAGUUUCGGUUUGUUCGAAGUGAUGAAGUUGCACGACGUUGGGGUUCCAGAAAAGGAAAUACCCGAAUGACUUAUGAAAAAUUGAGUCGUGCUAUGAGGUAUUAUUAUAAAAGUAAAAUCUUUCUACCGGUGUUAGGAAGACGAUUGGUUUAUCAGUUUGGUCCGAAUGCUAAAGGUUGGCAAACGGAUAAUCCAAAUUUUCGUCGUUAAUUAAACGAUGAUUACACAUAAAAAUUUUUAUAAUGCUUAUAAUUACAUAAGGAAAAGAAAAAAUGCAAUAUUAGAUUAAUUUUUGUAUUUUAUUCUCAUUAAUAUUUUUAUUACUAAAUAUAAUUGAAUUUUUGUAAGCUAAAGCUACAAAUAUAAUAAGUAUAAUCAUAUUACGUAAUAAAGCAAUACGUAAUAUAUGAAUUCGAUUGUAACUUUUCAAAAUGUUCUUCAACAGUAUUUGAAA